AUGAGUCUUCAGCUAACAAAGCAACUUCUGGCCGUAUUGUUGCCCCGAUAUGGGUCGGGUCGAAUCCCUUGCAACACACCUGCUAGCUUGCUAGGGCGGCUCCAGACCCGCUUCGGCGUUGGAUUUCGGCUUAAGCUUCAGAAGCUGCGGGCUAAACCGAACAUGGGAGAACGAAGGAUCAAAUUUGUGGAGGCGACGAUCCAGCCGCUUAAACAACUAUUGGCAGAUGACGAUCCCUAUGUCAGAAAGACUGCUGCAUUUUGUGUCGCGAAGCUUUAUGAUCACGACCGAAAGCUUGUGGAAAGGUCCGAUUUGAUCCUCCAACUGAACGACAUGCUCAAGGAUGACAACCCAACUGUUGUGUCAAGUGCUCUUGCGGCACUGACGGAUCUUUGGGAAAGGAGCAAUUCUAUUACUCUUACGAUUGAUUAUAAAAGCGCAUCCAAAUAA